AUGCAGAUCCCUCGAUUCCAGCAAGAGCUCAUCGCCGCGAUGACGGCCGCGGCAGGCGGAGGCGGCGACGAGGAAGGGGAGGAGGCGGAGGCGGACGUGGACAUCGACGAGGUGCCGGCGCUUGGUUGGUCGCUGCUUGCCGAGGCGUGCGACGCCGAUCUGGCAGGCAGCGCGCCGCAAGGCGCGGAUGGAGACGACACUGUGCCCUAUUGGCCGCAUGGCGCGGCGAGUGUGGCGAGCGCGGCACGGCGCGACCUCGUCCUAGCAUACGCAGAGGUUGCGUGGAGGCGGCGCGACGCUGCUUGA